AUGGGUAUUAAUAAUCCAAUUCCUAGAAGUUUAAGGAGUGAAUCAAAAAAAGCAGCAAAAGUAUUAUCAGCAUUUAUUAAACCAAAUCAAGUAGCAGGACCAGAUCAAGUAAUACCUCCAAGAAUUUUAAAAAAUGCAAAAGGUUUAGCUGUUAUUACUGUUUUAAAAGCUGGAUUUUUAUUUUCAGGUAGAGCAGGUUCUGGAGUAAUAGUUGCAAGAUUACCAGAUGGUGGUUGGUCAGCACCUUCUGCAAUUAUUACAGCUGGUGCAGGAAUGGGAGGGAUGAUUGGUGCUGAAUUGACUGAUUUUGUAUUUGUUUUAAAUACAAAAGCUGCUGUUGAUACAUUUGCACAAAUGGGAUCAGUUACUUUAGGUACUAAUGUAUCUGUUGCUGCUGGUCCAUUAGGUAGAAGUGCUGAAGCAGCUGGUACUGCUACAAUUGGUUCUGUUUCUGCAGUAUUUGCAUAUUCAAAAACAAAAGGUUUAUAUGCUGGUAUAUCUUUAGAAGGUUCAGCCAUAAUAGAAAGAAGAGAAGCAAAUCGAAAAUUUUAUGGACAACAAUGUAAAGCAAGAAAUAUUUUAGCAGGACAAGUUGAUGCACCUCCAGCAUGUGAUUCAUUAAUGAGAGUUUUAAAUUCAAGAGUAUUUAAUAAUAGAUAUGAAGAAGAUUAUGAUUAUUAUGAUGAUGAUUAUUAUGAUGAUAUUCCUGAUGAUUUUUCAGAUUCAACUUCUCAAUAUAGUGGUAGACGUGGUUCAGCUGCUGGUGGAGGUGGUGCUUUUGGAAGUGGUGGAAGAAGAGGAACACAUGGAAAUAGAAGAAGAAGACAUUCUGAUGAUUAUUCAGAUGAUGAUUAUUAUUCAGAUGAAGAUGAUUAUGAUGAUGGUUAUAAUAGAAGAAGAAGAAAUGAAAGAGAAAGGGAAAAAGAAAGAGAAAAAGAAAGAGAUAGAGAUAGAAGAAUUGGAGGAUCAUCAAGAAGUGGGAACACAACAUCGUCAACAAGUGCUGGAUUUUCAGCAGCAAGAUCACAAACUCAAUCAUCAUGGGAAGAUGAUAUAUAUGAUUCAGGAUAUAAUGGAAAUGGUGGUACAAAGACAAGAUCAAGAGGUAAUAGUGAUGUUGAUAGAUUAAAUGCAAGAUUAGGUAAUACAAGAUUAUCACCCCAAAAAAAUGGUUCAUAUAAUAAUGGACCAUCAAGACCUUUAAAUUCAACAAAACCAAAUUUUGGAAAUUCACAAAAAUCAAAUUCUAAUCAAGCUAUUGCUUUAUAUACUUUUAAAGGUGAACAAAGUGGUGAUUUACCUUUUAAAAAAGGAGAUGUUAUAAAUAUUAUGAAAAGAACUGAAACUGUUGAUGAUUGGUGGACUGGUUCAAAUAAUGGUCAAACUGGUAUAUUUCCAGCAAAUUAUGUUGAAUUAGUUUAA